AUGGACUCAAUGAGAUCCUUGAACACAUCUUUGCCGAGUUCAACGCCCCGCACACAACCUCCGGAGCAACUCCUCCAGCAAUUCAAAGCGGCGGCUUUAUCAGUCACAAACCUGUACAAGAAUGCAGUAUGCGAGCAAGCCCAGGCAAGAUCAGCAGGGUAUCAGGAGGCGGUAGAGGAUCUGCUUCACUUCCUUGACCGAGAGAACCUCGGUCUCGGAGAUGGAGAGGGAUGGAAGGUUCGACAAUGGGCAACUGAGAGGUGUGAUGGAACUGCAUCCCAAAGCAGUGACGAAGAUGUGGAGGCCGACAAACAUGACCGAAGUGCUACGCCAGCUGCUGCCCGCAAGGAGCCACUUGCUCCUGAACAAACUCGUCAGGCCCCCACUACGGCUUCCAUGCCCACAUCCAAGACAGAAUCGACCACACCUCCCAUGCAAUCUCACGAACCUCCUGCGAUUACCACACCCGCCAUCUUCACCUUCUCCGCUGGUCCCACAUACCCCGAACUCGACAUGGAUGUGCAAUCAGACAACUCAAAUGCAACCACGCAAGAUGGUGCCCCCGUGAGCGUUUCUGUCAUGCCGCGCAAUACUCGGCCACACCACCGCCACAACAACCUUGCACGAUCUAACACACGCCCAUCGGCUCGGGAGUCUCCUGCUAGCAUCGGGUCCAAGAGGAAACAUACAUUCCCGGAUUUCUUCGAUUUGUCAGGACUCAACAAUGGACGAGAUCUGGGUGGAGGGGGGGAAACGAGGCCGCUUUACCUAACAUUCGAAGGUUAG